AUGAUCACGAAACGGGAAAGCUGCAGUCGGAAUAGUUUAACUGAAGAUGAACUCGAUUGUAAUGAAAAUUUGCCAAAUAUUCGAAAAAUUCCAUCAUCAAGAAAGAAGUCUUACAAAAAAUGGACUAAAGAAGAAGAUGAUCGCCUACGAGAAUUUAUUAAUUCUCAUGAUGGAUAUAACGAUUGGUCGAGUAUCUCAAAUUAUGUAGGUAAUGGCCGUACCGAUGCUCAAUGUCAACAUCGAUGGGAACGAUUCCUCGACCCAUCGAUAACAAAAGGACCGUGGACGGAUGAAGAAGAUAAAAAGGUUAUCGAACUUGUCCGCGAUUAUGGCGCAAGACAUUGGAGUUUAAUUGCGAAAGAAUUGAAAGGUCGAGUUGGGAAACAAUGCCGCGAAAGAUGGCAUAAUCAUCUCAAUCCAUUGAUUAAUAAAAAUCCUUGGACGAAUGAAGAGAAUCUACGAUUGUUUAUUCUACAUCAACAUCUCGGGAAUAAAUGGGCUGAAAUAGCCAAACAUUUCAAUGGAAGAUCAGAUAAUUCGAUUAAGAAUCAUUGGAAUUCUUCGAUGAAGAAAAAGUUUUAUUCCGAAGUUGAAAAUCUGAAAAAGCAAGGAUUGGACUGGACUGCAUUAAUUCCGUCAGAUUUUCCAUGGCCUAAACUAGACCCUGCUACUUCUAUGACAACGAAUCAACCAGCUCGUGUACCACUAGGUACAAUCACGAAUCGAUCUACACAAAUCCAUUCGUCGACUAGCAAACCAACUACUAUAGAAAACAUCCUACCACCAUUAGCGACGAUUAAAACAGAAAAUCACUCGCCAAUUGUGAACAGUAGCACUGAUCAUCAUCAGAUCCUUUCAACUACGAAUCAUCACGAGUUCGAGAUUCCAUUAAUCCAUCCAACAUCAACAAUCUACCCUGAUCAAUUGCAGCCAUUACCUUCUUGCCAAGCCAUGACCAAUUAUCUACCAAACCAAUCAACAGACGACCUCGAUCAUUUAUUCUACUAUACGCCUUUGUCGCCCAUCAAACAACUGCCUAUGCUUUCCUCAUCUGCUAAUUACACAUCUUCAUCUAGUCAAAAUUCACAAUCGGACGAUUUUCAUCAUCAACUCCUAUUCCAUUCGCAAUCAUCGAUUGAUUACUAUCCAUUACAUUCAUCUUCGAGAUCGUCAUCAUUACCUGUAUUUACCUGCUCAUCACUGUCUACAGAUACGAAUUAUUUGACAACUGAUGAUACUUAUCUGAUUAAAUACAAUGACAAUGUCAUUGUUUCACCGACGCAUGUCUCGAGCGGAUCUUCUCCGUCGAGGUACAAUGUACUCAACACGCCCGAACGCCCGCAUUUGAUUUGUCUGACGCCCAGUCCAAAACGAGAUUGUUUCAAUGAAUAUCUCCCGUUUACGGAUGCAAUCAUGCAUGAAAAUCCUUCGUCUCUAUGUUUCAAUAAAUUCGAUUUGCCCAAAAUUGCACAAGAAAAAUUUGGUUACAAUCCAACAUAUACGGAAAUCUUGCUUGGCCAAACACGGGACCAACGUUGUGUGACCGACCAAGCUCGUCGCUACCUCUCCCACUCAUCUUUGAACGAUUCCUAG